AUGGCGAGCUCAACAACAUCCCCUCAGAUCCCCCAACACGUCUCUGCGCUCCUCUCCCACCUCACCUCCCGGCCCGGCGUGCAAUCAACCCUCAUCCUCUCGCGUAAAGACGGCUCCAUAAUCCAGAUCACCGGCCUCCUGGCCCCGCCGAAACGUACAAGAAGCGAAACCUCACCGCUGACCGCCGUAUCAUCUGCCGCAGGCACAGAAGACACCCUCACCACCCCGAGCGCUACACCGACUACAUCCUCGCCCUCCGCUGAACCGACGCAACAUUCCCCAACACAAACGCAAACACAAUCACAGCAGAGACCACCCUACCAGCCCUCCCAACCUGAGGCUCUCGCAGCACAUAUCUUCGCCUUUGUAUCCAGUGCGUCCAAUUUGAGUCUGAUUCUCUCGAAUCCGGUGGGAGAGAGUGGGGGUAAGGGCUCCGAGAGCGGGUUUGCGAAGGUGAACGGCGCUGGGAAUGGUGGUGGAUUCGCAAGUGCGGGUACGGGGACUGGUCGAGAAGACGCGGAGGCGGAUGGUGGGGAGGGCCAGGACGACGACGAGGUGAAGUUACUCCGGCUACGGACGAAGAAGCAUGAGAUUGUAGUGGUUCCGGAUAAGAAGUACUUGCUUUGCGUUGUGCAUGAUGCUUCAGCUGGGGCGACGGGUGCGGCGAUGGCGGCCGGAGGUGGUGGGAGGCUAGGGAGGUAG